AUUCUUCUCACAGCAAGACUCACAAAAUAGUACAAAACGUACAAAAUAAGGUUGCUCGUCUAAACAAUUGAAAACUCUGUUAUUUGCACAUCAGAAGACUCUUGUUUGAACUUGUUUAUUAUGUCUGAAACCGAUCAUCACCAACUGGCAAGGUAACAGCGCUGUUUUAGGAACCAUGGAUAUAAAGACAAGAGCAAUUGAGUAUUUUUCUAACAACAAUAUUUUGAAAGAACUUGAGAAUGCUCUACAACUUAUGUUCCAGGAAAAUACAUCAGAUCAUUCCGGCUAUUUAAGCAAAUAUUUCGAAAAGAUUUCCCUUACUCCGAAAGCUGUCAGCAUCAAAGUGGACAGAAACUAUUCAUAUAUUGGCACCUUUUCCAGUUCUUUGAGUGUACUUACACUGUGGCGAACAAAUAUUGAGGUUACCACAGGGCUAAACUAUGUUUAUGGAUGCAAUUAUUGUCUGCCUUAUGGAAACAUCUUAAAUGAAUCAACACCCUCUGAAUUCUCAGUUUGUAUAGAGGCAGUUGUGGAUUUACUGGAUAAUUGCCUAUGGUCACCAGCGGAGAUGUUUGAAAUUGAUAAAUAUAUCAGAAACUUCUACAAUGAAUACAGAAAGCAAUUGAAUAAAAUGCAAACGGAUGAAAGCGAGAAAGAAAUAGAAGUUAUUGGUCCAAAAGAAAUCCCGUUAAAGUCUACAUCAGAACAAAAUGCAAAAAAAAAAUCUACUAAAGAUAUAAUUACACUUCUUCCAAAUCAAAUAAUCUCAAUUGCACCAUUCAUUGCAACAGAUCUAACUUGGUUAUCAAUUAGUUUACAUUUAACAGCAAUGAAGUGUUCUAGACCGAAGAUCAAUUUUCAAUGGUAUAUGAAAUCACUUUAUGAUGAGGUGAUUAAAUCAACGAUGCCCGAUAACAAGACCAAUUCACCAAUUCCUGUUAACCAAGUGACAUGUCCAAUAAUUACAAUAUUGAAUUGUCCUGGACGUAUUGGUUCAAUAUUAUCAGGAAAAUGUAAAUUUUUACAAGAAAUUCUUCUUAUUCCUAAACCAUAUUUAACACCAAAAGAAUUAUUAGAUAAUCUGUUCAUUAUUAAAACAAAAUUAUCACAAACCUUAAUGAAUAAACCAAAUUUAAUACCACAAUUGAUAUGUGAUAAUGGAGCAUCAAGUGUUAAUAUUGAUAAACCAGAACAAGCAUUUGAUUUAUUAAUAGAAUUUCUAGAACAAAUUCAAUUGAAUAAUCAUUUCUAUUUUGGUUUAUUCAUAUCACCAAAAGGAAUAUUUGAUACGAUAAAAGAACGUUAUGAGAUUAUCACGGGAAAUUUGAAAACACCAGAAGAAUUGGUUAAUUAUUAUAUAGAUUUAAUUGGUAGAUAUCCACAAAUACGUUUAUUAAUUGAUCCAUUUAGAGUAGAAGAUAAAGAAUAUUGGGAAUUAUUAAAAACACGUAUUACAUCAUCAAUAUUGAUUACAACAAGUACAAUAAUUCAACCAGCUAUGAAAGAAAUAACACUUAAUCGAUCUAAUUCAAUGAUUACAAAAAAUCUUAAAACAAUAACAACAUUAUCAUCAUUUGAUGAACCAUUAAAAUUUAGUAUUCCAACUGGUUUAACUAUUUAUGAUUUAGUGAAUAGUUGCCAAGGCAACAAAAUUCAUCAUCAUAAGGAUGAUGUAAAUCAUGUUGACAUAGAUACUACUACUACUACUACUAAUAAUAAUAAUAAUAAUAUAAAACAAAUACCGAAUGGUGCACUACAAUCUACAUCAUUAUGUAAUACAGUUGAUAAACAGGAUAUGUGUUACUCAUCUUGGUUAUUCACUAUGGAUCCAUGUUUAGAUUGUGUUUUAAUAACAGAAAUUAUUCAAGCAAUUCAUAUAUUACAUUUACAAAAUCGGCAAGUGAUAUUCAGUUUGGAUAAUCUACAAGUGAUUGAAGAUUGGCCAAUGGAUAUGGCAAUUGGUUUAGGUAUAGAUUUUAUCAAAAUUACUGGAUUGAAUAGAAUAGAUCAAAUGAAUAAAUUGAUAACAUGGUAUCAUUACUAUCAAGAUAUAAUUGAUCAUUUAAAGGAUUCAAUCAAUGAAUGGAAGUUGUAUGAUUCUUCACUAAUGGAAAAUUCUUUCAAUGUAUGAAUGGAUUAGUUAAGUCAUUCAUAAUAUUACCAUAUACAUAUCAUAAUGAUAAUUUUUUUUGUUAUAAAAGAUAAUGUAUAAUGAU